UCGGGGGUCUCGCCGUUUGAGGUAGAAGCCGGUUUGAGGGAGCAAUGAAUUUUGAAUUUGAGAGGGAGAUCGGUUUUAUAAACAGCCAGCCGUCCCUAGCAGAGUGCCUGACGUCCUUCCCCGCCGUCCUGGAGUCAUUUCAAACUUCAUCAAUCAAGGACUCGACAGUAAUUCCGCCUCCCUUUGAGCACACCAUCCCCAGCCUCAGCCCCUGCACAGCCAGCCAGCCGAGACCGACUGCUAGGAGCCAGCAGAACCGGAGGACCUCCGUCACUAAUGGCCUCCAGACGCAGCACCGAGCCGGCCAGCAGCCCUGCCCGCCCGGCCAGGCCCCUGCCCCGGCCACCGCCAUCCUGGCCGGACCGCUGGCCCACGAGUUCCCCUGGAUGAAGGAGAAGAAGUCGUCCAAGAAGCCCCCCAAGCCUGGGAGCAGCUCCAGUGGUGGCAUAUCCAUCAUCCCCCCUGCCUCUUCCUCCCCGUCGCCGACCGCCUCCGGGUACGCUUCGGCGGGCAUCGAGUCACCCACAGACCCGAGCCAUGCGGGUCUGGAUGGUGGAGCCGGGUCCCGACGGCUGCGCACCGCCUACACCAACACCCAGCUGCUGGAACUGGAGAAGGAGUUCCACUUUAACAAGUACCUAUGCCGGCCCAGGAGGGUGGAGAUCGCCGCGCUGUUGGACCUGACCGAGCGACAGGUGAAAGUUUGGUUCCACCGGCGCAUGAAACACAAGCGCCAGACUACGCACCACCGGGACGGAGGGGGGCAUGAAUCCAUCGACCCGGGCGGGUUUGAGCCGCUCGAAGGCGCCGAUGCCUCCUCUCCGUACUCGAGCCAGCCGCUGGAAGCAUCUGGCACCGGGGAGGCGACGUCGGACGGAGAGGCGGGGAGCUGCAAUCCAUCUUCGGCCGCCUACGCGAAUGACAGCGGGGAUAAUACACAACCCACGCCGGAGGAGGGAGGCCGAUUGAGCCGCCCUGAACGCCCACCGCUUCCAGGGGCAUGCUCCUCUGACUCCACUCCUGCGCCUCAGAACUCCGCCGAUAUCCCGGGUCUGAUGCAGCUCAGCGAGGCCGGGCCCGCAGCACCCGAUCCGUCCUUCUCCGAGCAGCGGGAUUCCUCUGCUCCUGCUGACGCGUCCUCAUCCACCUCCUCGCUCCCCGACCUCACCUUCUUCGCCGUGGACUCCUGCCUGUCUCCCAGCCUGCAGAGCUCCCUGGAUAGCCCGGUGGAUUUCUCCGAGGAGGACUUCGAUUUAUUCACAAGCACACUGUGCACCAUAGAUCUGCACAACCUCAAACUUCUGAGAGAAUAA